ACUAUUUAAUAAAGAGCAAUAAUUUAAAGCUGCUGUGGGCAAGGCGGAAGAAAUUUAGGCACAUCAUUCGUCUCCUGCAGUGUAAACGGCCUUUGGUUCGGAUUAGUCACCCACACCUGAAAUCUAUAUACAUAUAAAAAAAAAGAAAGGAAAUAAUUACCACACUAAAAAGAUUAAUAGCAGCAAUAUAUAUAUAUAUAUAUCUCAAAGUGUAACCCAAACAUCAGCUCUACUAUAAUGCAGGAUUCGCCCGACGCGAAGAAGCCUUGCAAAGGCAUACUAAAGAAUUCAAGCAGUUUUGAUAAACCCGGUGCCGCCAGUUAUCGCAAAAGUGCAAAAUUUGAUGAAUUAAAUGUGUUGCAAACUUACCACCCACAUGAUAAGGAUUAUGGUCAUAUGAAAAUUGAUGAGCCGAAAACGCCAUAUAACUAUGUUAUUCCAGAUCUAGCGCACACAGAUACAUUAGAUGCAAAUUUACUUGCGGAAAAAUUGCGUAUCGCCGCAAACACUCAAUCGCCUGCAUUUGGUUCAGAUGAACUGUCUGAUGAAGAAAACAUCGAUGAAACACCUGAAGAAAAAGUACGUCGUCUUGAGUUCGAACGUCGCCGAAAGGCGCACUAUAACGAAUUCGAAGCAGUUAGACUAGCGCGCAAAUUGAUUGAGGAGGAGCUAGGUGAUGAGGACGACGAACAAGAUAUUUCAUCUAUCGGCGAGAAUGUCAAAUCGGCAACAUCUAAUCAAAAAUCCAAUGACGAAGAAGUUGAGAUCCAGAGCGAAAAUGCCGAACAAGAAUCUGAGGAAAAGGAUGUAGUGGAGGAGGUGAGACGUACUACAGAGCAAGAUUCAGAGCUUGGUUCUUCCGACAGUAUCAGGACAUCGUCAUCCAAUAUGGAUGUAGAUGCGCAAUUGCAAUUGCAACCCUCACAUCCCUGCUACAGAAGAGAUUAGUAUAGUAAAAUAUAAAUAAAGGAAAACAUACCUAAAUGCAUUAACACAUACAUUGCGACAUGUAUACAAGUAAAGCAUGCAAGGGCAUUAUCUAAACAAAUAGCACAGAAAUCAACGAUACAAGCAACAUACCGUGAUCGUUAUUAACAUUUAAAGAUAUUUAUGUCGAAGAGGAAAACCAUAUAGCGAUAAAUAAAUUUUAUUGUACUUGCUAUUUCAGUCGCCUAGAUAAAAAAAAACAACCAUUGCGAUAAUUAAAAAAAAAUAUAUAUAUAAUAUUUGCUUGCAUUACUAAAUAUUUACAUUUAUAUUCAACGAUGCAGAUUAAUUUUCGAGUACAUUUGAAAUUGUUUUACAUGAGAAGAAAUUUGGAAAAAAUGCAUUCAGCCAAUUAUUAUGCAGUGUGCUCGAACUCAAAAGCAAAUCAACUCGACUCGGACUCCACGUAUACCUUUACCAAUGGUAAACGAAGGUCGUGACUAAAUACGCUGGAGACUUUUGACUCUAGUGGUACAGUGGUGAAAGUUAUAAAUUAAGUAGUUUUUAAAUUUGUUUGUUUUAAAUUUUAGGUAAUCGAAAAUAAAUUAAAAUUAUUUAAAA